AUUUCUGAAGUGGGCGUGAGGCCGAGCGACCCUAGCUAGCUAAUGCAAAAAGAUAAUCGAUCGAGUGGAUUUUUACAAAACGAAGCCAAAAUUGAUCGAAGAAGACAGGGAGAGGACGAUAAUUCACACCAGGAGGUUACCUGUGACUAUAACAGGACUCCCUCAUGGCUACAGACACACCUAUGGACACGGUGCCGGCUCCUAAUCCCCCCCUAGCUGUGCCCCCUGACCCUGAACUGACACCACUUCCACCUCUUGCUCUGAGCCCCAAUGCAACCCAGGAUCAGGCUGCCGCCCCGGAGCCAGAGGCACCUGAAGCUCCCAACACAGUGUCGACCCCAGGAUCCGAUGUUGCUCCAGAUCCCAACCCAACUCAGCCUGCAGACCUUCAGUCAGCCCCAGGUGUUGCUCCAGCCUCUGAGCUACCACCAGCGGCUCCGCCACCGCCUCCGCCUCCAGCUUCCACCAAGAACCCUAGCUGCAAGAUCAUGACCUUUCACCCCACUAUGGAGGAGUUUAAAAACUUCGGCAAAUACAUCGCCUACAUGGAGACUCAAGGAGCUCACCGGGCUGGCUUGGCAAAGGUUAUUCCCCCAAAGGGCUGGAAGCCACGGCGGUCAUAUGACACCAUUGAGGACAUGGUGAUUCCAGCUCCCAUCAUGCAGGUGGUAACGGGCCAGUCGGGUCUGUUCACCCAGUACAACAUCCAGAAGAAAUCCAUGACAGUUGGCGAGUACCGCAAACUGGCUAAUAGCAAGAAGUACUGCACGCCCCGCCACAAGGACUUUGAUGACCUGGAGAGGAAGUACUGGAAGAAUUUGACAUUCGUGUCGCCCAUCUAUGGUGCAGACGUUAGUGGCUCCAUCUAUGACGCGGACAUUGAGGAGUGGAACAUUGGCCAUCUGAACACCCUGCUGGACAUGGUGGAGCAGGAGUGCGGCAUUGUCAUUGAGGGCGUCAACACUCCCUACCUUUACUUUGGCAUGUGGAAGACCACGUUUGCCUGGCACACUGAAGACAUGGACCUCUACAGCAUCAACUACCUGCACUUUGGACAGUCCAAAUCCUGGUAUGCCAUCCCACCUGAGCAUGGUAAGAGGCUGGAGAGGCUGGCACAAGGGUUCUUCCCUGGCAGCUCCCAGGGCUGUGAUGCCUUCCUCCGCCACAAGAUGACGCUGAUAUCUCCAUCCAUCCUGAAGAAGUAUGGCAUCCCCUUUGACAGGAUAACUCAAAACGAAGGGGAGUUUAUGAUCACCUUUCCCUAUGGCUAUCACGCUGGAUUCAAUCACGGUUUCAACUGCGCCGAGUCCACCAACUUCGCCACCCUGCGCUGGGUUGACUAUGGCAAGAUGGCCACCCAGUGUACCUGCCGUAAAGACAUGGUGAAGAUCUCCAUGGACGUGUUUGUGCGCUGCCUGCAGCCAGAUCGCUACGAGCUGUGGAAGCAAGGCAAAGACACCAUGGUGCUGGACCACCUGAAGCCCACUGACAUAAACAGCCCCGAGCUGGAUCGCUGGAGGGAGCACCGUGUCACCUUCCGGGCCAACCUGCUGCGGAAGGCCCUGCAGAAGAAGAAGCAGUUUCGCCGGCUGAAGUUGGAAGAAGUGAAGGUGCUGGCAGAGGAGGGCAUUGAGCUGGAUGCUGCUGAGUACCAGCGUCAGGUUGAGGAGCAUGAGGCCAAGCGGAAGCAGGAGAGGGAGGAGCGUCUGGCCAGGGAGGCCAUGAUGACCCUGGAGGCCAUGGAGCGUGAGGAGCAGGAGGCCGCCAAGGCCGCUGCUAGAGCAGCAGUGGCAGCAGCUGUGGAGGGUGAGGAGGAGGAAGAGCAGUCAGGAAGACAGUUUGUUGCACAAGAGCCCAAAGCCAGCCCACAGUCCUUGACAACAGAGGAUGUUGAGAAGAAAAAGCAGAAAAAACAGAAGAAGUUCCAUGUUCCUCAGGCCAUCACCGGGUUUGAGGAAGCAUUUGAGCAGUUUGCUACAUCAGGCAUGAAUAAGACAAAUAUUAACACAGCCAAGUCGCCAAAGGUGAAAAAACCCUCAGUCCCAAGUCAGAGUGACAUUCCGGCAGACAACAAGCUGGACGCUAAUGCCACUCAGUCAUCCUACUCCAAGCACAAGAUGCCGACUGAGGUGAAGAAGAGUCGCCGUCACCCCCUCAGCAAGCCACCCAUGCGCUCUCCCCUGUCCAUUGUCAAACAGGAACCAGCCAGCGACGAAGAGCUCUCCUCCCCCCCUCCGCUGGAUGGCACCAUCAAGAAAGAGGAGCACUUGUGGCAGAACCGCUCACCCAACUUCCUGGCAGAGAAGGCCUUUAAUGCCGCCGUGGCAACACUUGAACCGCACUGUGCUAUCUGCUCUCUCUUCUGCCCUUACACACAGCCGCCCAAAGACCUCUUCCUUGCUAGUGAUCUCCAGCGUGCCUCCAUUCCCCGUCACGGCAGCCGGACUCGGCCCCUGGUCCCAGAGAUGUGCUUCAGUGCCGGGGCAGGCAAUACUGAGCCUCUGCCCUCAAACUCCCACAUCGGAGAAGAUGGAACCAGCCUCCUACUCUGCUGUUCCUCCUGUUGCCUGCAGGUCCAUGCCAGUUGUUAUGGUGUAAAGCUAGACACGGUUGGUGCCUCCUGGAUGUGCUCCCGGUGUGCAGCUGGUGCAUGGACAGUGGAGUGCUGUCUCUGUAACUUGAGGGGAGGAGCCUUGAAGACUACCACAGACAACCGGUGGGUCCACGUCAUUUGCGCCAUUGCAGUGGCUGAAGUUCGCUUCGUCAAUGCCAUCGAAAGGCAGCCCGUGGACGUCAGUGCUGUCCCAGAAAAACGCAAGAAUCUGAAGUGUGUGUACUGCCACAAAAAGAGCAUCAGUCAGAACCAGGGCGCCUGCAUCCAGUGCUCAUUCGAGAACUGUGGCACUUCGUUCCACGUCACCUGCGCCCACAUCGCAGGGGUAGUCAUGAAGCCGGCCGACUGGCCCUAUGUGGUGUCCGUCACCUGUCACAAGCAUAAAAGGCUCAAUCCAAAGCCACGGAUGGCACCUAGGGUCCCAAAGGGGCCGAGCCUUGGUCAGAAGGUGAUUGGUCGAAAUAGUGACGGCUGGUUCUACCUCUGUACCAUCAUUGGUAUGGCAACGCAGACCUUCUACGAGGUUAACUUCGAUGAUGGAUCGUACUGUGACAAUCUCCACCCAGAAAACAUCAUUAGUCACGACUGUCUUCGUAGCGGUCCACCUGAGGUGGGGGAGCUGAUGGUGGUCAACACCCUCGACGGCCAGGUGCUUAACGCCUCUUUCGUCAGAGAGCACAUCCACAGGCUUUACCAGGUUGAGUUUCAGGACCAAAGUCAGCUGCUGCUAAAACACUCAGAGAUCCAUCCAGUGGAGCAAGAACUGCCCAAGAGGGUCAGAGCUCGCCUGGCCAUACCGGUCCACGGUACCCCGGAGGCUUCCUCGGUGGAUGGAGCCCAAGCUGCCAAACGCCGCCGUCUGCCAUCCAGCUCAGAUCCACCCCCGGAAACCCCCAUGGAGACGGUGGAGCCCAGCUGCCCCCUGACUGCAGACCCAGCACCAACACCAGCACCAGCAGCUCAGCAUCAGAGUAUUACCCCCCUAACCGCGCAACCUCUGUCCCGACCCGGCAAAACCCCAAAGGACACUCCCAACUCAGCCAGCGGUACUCAGAUGGACAACAAUACCCAGAUGGACACAAGUACCGUGCUUGCCAACGCUCUAACGGAUUCAGCUCUGACCUCGGACCCCACGCUGACCCCGGAGUCGACCUCUUUCCAGUCGACAUUGAACUCUGACCCCCUCCUGUCCGCCGUCUCCCCUCCCCUGCCGUCCCACCACAUGUCUGACAGCUACACCCCCAGCAGCGGCUACGUUUCCUAUAUGGAGACGCUCCUCAAUUCACAUUUCCCUCAGGACGACGGCCCCGGGCCGCUGUAUUAAAUACCGAACCACUCUGUUUAUUACUUGGUCAACAGACCAAGCCAGUAGGAAGUAAGCUAAUGGAGGUUAAUGCUAACAGGUGCAAUGCUAAUGGACAAAAGCAUUCGCGACACCGGCCGUGAGAGCACAGGUCCGGAGCAGGAAAAGACACAGACAUACAAAGCACUCUGAUGCAUGUGGUUUUUUUUAUUCUUCUUUUCUUCUUUUCUUGUCUUUGCGGUGGUGUUUUAGCCAGCUGUGAAGCAGCAGCUAAAGGGGACGUGGCUUGUUUUCUCUUUUACUUUUUGUUUUUUGUUUGUUUGGUCAGCUGCUGUGCUUUUCUCCUCCAUCGUGUAUAGAUGAGUUUCUGAGUGGCAUCAACUCCAUACCUCUCUGCAUUAAUAUGACAACAAAACACUCCCGUUUUCUUUACACAGGAAGCUAAUUACUAUGAUAGCCUUUUGGCACCCAAGUCCCGGUGGAUCAGCUUUUGCUUUGUUUCGAUCAAAUAACCAGCAACAAAAUCUCUAUUUUUUAAUCGAGCCACCCAUGGCUUUGAAACUGUUUGGAGGAACAAAGUGUAACAUACAGUGUCUGCCUACGGGGCAUUUUCAAUAAGGUGUUUUAUUUUAACAGUGCAAGAGGUGAGUAAAAAAAGAGGUAAAAAUGGGGUAAAAAUAAUGUAUUGCAGGGGGAUUCAGUAUUUAAAUGUUUUAGUCACAUAUUGAAAGAAUUAUUUGUAAUAAAGGUAAAAAAUGUUGAAUGCAAAACGUUGUAGACUUGUUCGCAGGAUGCAUUGAAUUUUUGUGAAGAUGUGUCACGGUAGUUACAGAUGUGACCUUUAUGUAUUGACGUAACUGAAAUGGUCUUUUGGCGGCACCAGUUUUCACGUCCAAAACCUUCUCUCAGGGUUCCUACAGUUGGAAAAUUUAUUUAACUUUGACAUUUGCAAAGUCUGUGACUUACACAAAAGUUUAGAAAAUGACCUAUAUAAAAAUAUUAGUCCCAAUGCAAACAUGCAUGCCAGUUUUAUGUAAUUGACUCCAGUGUUACUGCACAUACUGAUAUUUUCUGUUGGGAAGAUUGAGACUGAUAGGUCUUUUUUUUAGUCCUGUUGGCUAGUAAAAUAUAUAAAACAAUGACUAUAUCUUGAAAAUGAUCGAUUUAUUAAUUGGAAAAAGGUAUUUGAAAAUGCAAAGUAUGUAGGAACCCUGUAAUCUGGAAAUAUUUUGUACUAUACUUGGUUGAAAUUGUACGUAGAAAUCAAUGUUGUAUAGACUAUUAUUAACGUUGUCUGUUUUUUCUAUUACUGUACCCUUAAUUUUCUGAAUCGACUUCCCUGAAGUGGCCAUGAAGUUGUUUCAUUCUAAAAUAUUAUUACACUAAUUUUUGCAAAUUUUUUCAGAGGCAUAUUAACUGUUUGUACACUGACACUCAUUUUUCCCCCAAAUAUGGCACAUCUUCCAUUGUGUGCUACACAGGUGCUACAGAGAUGUUGAACUACUGAUGGACUGAGUUUUCCAACACUGUCACCUUGUACAUACCGCAGGCCUCGUGUAUGUGAACCAAAUUUGUAAAUGUCAUACAUAUAGCUGUCUUUUUCUUUGUUCUGUCACCACAACUGAAAUGUCGGAGCACGAUGUUCCUGUAUCCAACUCCAUUAAGACAUUCUUAUCAUUUCAUAGGGAUUAAACUGGGUUGCUAGUCGCCA